AAUCCUCUAAAAGUUGUUUGCUCGCUUUCUGCUCCCUGCCCCUUUUUCAAUGGAGCCUCCCAUCGUCCGUGGGAGCCCAGAUUGCAAAAUACAUUGCAUAUUCUUGAUGACUUGAUAGAGCCUCAUCUCCCUGUUUCGUAGAGUGUACAAAACCGAGGAAGAAAAGCAACCGGAGAGUUUGCUUUACACAGCCAGAAGGAAGCUGUCAAAAGUCCAGGGACUUGACCCAAGACUUCAGGUGGACGCCAUGGCUCCAACAUCAAUCGGGCCAAUCCUGCUACUCCUGUUGGCCUUACUGGGACCCUUGCCCGCCUUCACCCAGAGGGAAACCCGUCACCAGAAGUUUCAGCGACAGCACGUCGACUUCCCAAAGACCAGCCCUGAUUUGGACCCCCGGCGCUAUUGCAACCUCAUGAUGCAGAGGAGAAAGAUGGCCGGCGAUACCUGCAAGCCGUCCAACACCUUCGUUCACGGGAACCCCGAGGACGUGGACGCCGUCUGCACCCACGGAGGCGUCUACUCCAGCGAGAAUUACUACGACAGCAACAUCUCCUUUGAGAUCACCUCCUGCCGCAUCUCUGGGGGUUCCCAGAGGCCCCCCUGUAACUACAGAGGCAGACUCAGCACCCAGAAUAUCCGUGUGGCCUGCAUCAACAAUAUGCCGGUUCACUUCAAAGGCACUGUUUAGCUUGCUGAGCAUCGGAGACAGCGUUCGCGGUCUUUACCUGUGCAGUCCGUUGCAGGUAACAUGCAGCCAUUUUAGACCCCAGAAAGAUUAAAGAAUCCCCUGCCCA